UCAGGUGAUUAUAGGCUGCUGUGGUCCUAGCAGGCAAAGAUGUCUUUACUUCUUUUUGUUCUUACUCUUGCUGCCUUGAGCUUGGUUGAAGCUGCUAACAAAACUGAAACCUUUACCCCAAGUCUUGCAGCUACAGGUGUUACGAUAUUCUCUAUAAACUCAAAUGUUAAGGGAAAUAUUAAUUGGCAUGUGAGUGAUGGUGGAAUUCGAAUUGAAGUCACUAAGUUUUCGGAAAAUUCAAAUGAUCUUGACAUGAUAGAGUCUGUGUAUCGAGAAAACAUGUCUCACAUCACUCUUUCAUUACAACGGCGUCAGGAGCCUCCAUCAACAGCAUCACCAGCUAUGCAAGGAAGAAUGAACCCUUUUCUUUUGGUUCUUUGUGUCCUUAUGGCAAGUCUAUUGGUCAAAGUUCCAUCAAGAUUAUUUGUCAUUUCUUGCCUUAUUCUUACUACUGUGGUGCUGUGCACUUUUGCACAAGACAGUUCAACAGGUAGUGGUGCACAUGUUGACAUAUAUGUACCAAGAAACUUUUCCUUCAAGGAAGUUUCUUUGGUUUCCAAAAGUGGUUCAAUACAAAUUAAUGAUCGUGACCUCAUUAGUUCAGCAACUACACUGUAUUGUUCAACUGGGGGUGACUCUAAUGGUUGUCCAAACUGCUGUAGUGCAAAUGGAAUUUGUGGAAAUGGAUCCUGUGCUUGUGGUUAUGGCUAUCGGAAUGGAAGCUCUAGUUGUGAUAUGCAAACUGAAACAACUUUUAAUCUCUUUGUAAAUCCAAGUAGUCCAGUCAUAUUCUCUGCUAAUACGCCAGAUGGUGACCAGAUUUUUGUUGUGGGUGACAAAGAUUCAAAUGGUAUUCCCACAAAAAUAGAAAGGUUUGAAACAGUUGAUUCUGAUGGCAACACUACCUUCGUAAAGCUUGAUAAUAGUACUUCAGUGAUAUCGUCUGCCAUAGACUCAAGCGGCAUGAAGAUGGAUUUUAAUUGGGAUGUUGAUGCUAAUUACACUAGAGUGACUGUUAGCAUUUACAUACCAGAAACUGCCCAGGAGUUUAUCGUUAACCUAGAUUUAACUGCCAAUAUUACAAACUCAAGUUUAGACCUUGGCUUUGAUGAUUCUGAUGAAUCAACUCAAAAGCGGAGCAUUGAUGAUAACCUGGAUACUGAUGGUAUACGAAAAAGAAGCAAAGGAAGUGUACCAAAUGACAAUGCAUAUGUUGAAAAUAUGAAAAGGAAGAGCUUUCGAUCAAAAAGAAAUGCUCAAGCAAUGAAUACUGCUCGUGUAUCCGUUAAUGUUGAAUCAUGUGAUCAGCCUGAGGAUGAUGCUAUUGUCUAUGCAAAUACUCUUCAUGAUGGUGAGGCUAAUGUAUAUACAGGUCAAUUAUCAAGCUCCCCAGGACUUUAUUAUAUUGACAUACCAACUGCACCCGCUUCUACAAUAGGUAAUGAAAUAGGCAUGGUGUGUAGUGCUAUUGAGUCAGCUCUCAGUAGUACCUGCAGCUGGUAUAGUGAUAUCAAAUCGUAUCUUAAUACUGCCUUGUCAUUCAUUGGCAUCAAGCAUAGUGCAGAGAAAGUGUUCUGCUACACUCUCGCAACAGCUCUCAAGGUGAUUCCCCAUGCAAGGCUUAUUCCUAUUCAUAAAUUUUGCAGAAAAAUAUUAAAAGGAGUGGAUUCUAUAUGUGAUAAAGUGUCAACUACUGUUGCAGGGGAACGUGUAAGUGAUUUAAUUUGUGAUGCUAUCACAGAAUACACUGACGAUGUCAUUGACUUUUUCAGGGAUUCGGAAAUCUUUCUGGAACCAGUUGCAAUAUUUCCUGGUGGCGCAAAAUAUUCUGCCACUGGAAGGACACUAUCAUUGACUCCAGGCACUAGCAGCGUAUCAACAGCUUUUAUGAUCAGUGAUGGAAUGUCCCUCAACAUUGAAAGCUUAAGUAUAUUUCCCUAUGAUCCAGCACCAUAUCAGAAUUACGUUGCUAGAGUAAAUUAUCAAUGCUAUACUGCAGGAGCGACAGUCACUAUGACUAUUAUUGGAACAGAUGGUUAUACUAAUACAGUAUACUGCACAGGAGGUCCAACUUGUGUCUUAUACGUUCCAGGUGCAGAAGCUUUGGUUGUGGACAGAGUUACAGUAACCAUAGUCGAUAACGGUCUUACUGCCACUCGUCACGCAACGAUUAUAUUUUGAACCUACCUUGCUGAAUUUUUAUGCUAAUCACUGAUUUUAUGUAGUGAUUAGUUUGAGCAAAAGUAGUAGCUACAUGUAAAUUCAGUGCUUAGAACUUUGUUAUUUAUCCCUAAAAGGCAUUUUGUCAUUAAAAA